CAAGUUGAAUUGUGAUGAGCCUAAAUUUCAUACAAUUAUACAUGGCUUUUUAGUCAUGAAUUGUAGUCUUUUAUAUUUUAUUGGAACGAUUUUAUUUGGUUUUACAUUGCUUUUAUCAUUCUUUGUAGGUAGAGGGUAAAACUAAAGAAAUCUAGAGUAAAUGGGCUGAAGUGACAAAAGCUGAAAACAUCAAGUCUGAUUCCAUCAUUUUCCCAUUCAAAGACCAUAAUUGAAAUUGUCUUCUGCAUACACGUGGCAAAACAUGGUGGGCUUUAUCUCCACAAGGAGAUAAAGAUGGGCUUUAAAAGAGAAAGGGCACACAGAGUUUUAAAAGGAGAGCACAUUGUUGAAUAUAAAAAGGGGCAGCUGCUGAAGAUUUCGGGGGGGAGGACUUCUGAGAAGAAAUCAGAGAAGCAGCCGGCAGAGAGUUUGAAGGUGAGUUUGAGGCAGAGCUUGCGCGGAUUCUGUGCGAGUGACGGCAGAUGCAUGGGCAGCCGCUGGGACACUUCAGGCUACAGAUCUGAGUUCUACAAAUUGGGUUUUUGCUCUUCUAGAUUUAUUUUUCCUUUGUUUGGAUAUGGAAUUGUGGUUCAUCAAUUUAAUCUCAGAUUUUACCAUGUUUAGUAUGAACUAAUUUUGCCAUCUAAUGCUACGAUAUAGCCUGAUCAAUUUAAUAUAGAAUUUCAUGAUUUUUAUAUUUUUAAGGGUUAUUAUUUCAUAUAGAGUAUAUAUUAUUGUUCUUAAUGCUUUUUGAUGAUUGGCCACCAUUAAAACUGAUUUAAAGAGCAUAAUUGAGACCGAGAGGAGAUUUUAUGCAAUAGCUUUUAGUAAUAUAUACCAUGAAUUGAACGAAAGCCAGAGAUGGACCAACGUGAUUUGUGCAGCAUUAGUGAUAAGUGGACUUAAUUUUCUAUGUAAACUAGGGAAUUUCAUAGAAUAUAAUGCAUUUUUAUCU